AAGACCAGUCAAACAGUAGUCCAGGGCGGACUCGCGUUCCUGUCAGGACUUGUUGCCUGGAACGGCUGGUGACAGAUGGUGCUGAAGUAAAUCAUGAUCCGAAUUGCUGCACUGAAUGCAGCCUCUGGGGCUGCAGACGACCACGAGGAUCCUUUGAAGAGUCAGAAGAGCCAGACGAAGGAAGCUCAGGAAGCUGAAGCAUUUGCAUUAUAUCACAAAGCACUGGAUCUUCAAAAGCAUGACAGGUUUGAGGAAUCUGCCAAGGCCUACCAUGAGCUCCUUGAAACCCCACUUCUCAAGGAGGCUAUGCCCUCGGAUGAUGAGAAGGUCGGCCUCAAACACCCAGGUUUAAUGCUGAAAUACUCCACCUACAAAAACCUGGCCAGCCUGGCUGUGUUCCGAGACGACCUUGAAACCGCCAUGGAAUUUUACCUAGAGGCCGUGUUGCUGGACUCCACCGAUGUUAACAUGUGGUACAAGAUUGGUCAGGUGGCCAUGCGGCUGGUGAAGGUCCCGCUGGCACGGCAUGCCUUCGAGGAGGGCCUGCGCUGUAACCCUGACCACUGGCCCUGCCUCGACAACCUUAUCACUGUGCUCUACACACUCAGUGACUACAGCUGCUGCCUGUACUUCAUCUGCAAAGCCCUGGAGAAGGACCACUGCUAUACCAAGGGCCUGGUGCUGAAGGAGCGCAUAUUUCAGGAGCAGCCCUGUCUGAGGAAGGACUCUUUCCACAUGUUCCUGAAAUGCGACAUGUCGGUGCACUCGGUGGACGUGGAGGAGGAGGAGGCCCGGGUCAUCGUGCAGGAGGGGCUGGACUUGCGCCGGCGACGGCAGCUUCUCUCCGCCCAGGAGCCCAAGCCCGACCUGGUCCUGGUGCGGCCCAUCACUUACUUCACGUGGAAGUGUCUUGGGGAGAGCCUGCUGGCCAUGUACAGGCACCAGACCACCUGUGAGCCCCCCCGUCCCGGCCUGGGAAGACGGAUCGACCUGUCGGAGUACCGGGACCCGGCCCGCCUCCAAACAUUGCCACAGACCUUCACCCCGGUCAGCGUGAUCCAGACCCUGCCCUGCAGCAGCCCCAGCUCCUCCCUGCCCCCGGUCAGCGAGCCGCCCCCCAUCCCCCAGCCCACCACCCUGGCCCAGAUCGCCCAGAGCCAGAACACUGUGGAGGUCACCACGUCAGCCCCCAUCAUGGCAGUGGACAGCUCUCUCAGUGACAAGGUGAAGAAAGCCACUAAGCGGAAGCGCACGAUGGAGGAGAACGGAGAGACGGCCAAGCGCCGUUCGGCUCGCGUCAGGAACACUAAGUGCAAGAAAGAGGAGAAGAUCGACUUCCAGGAGCUGCUGCUCAAGUUCCUCCCGUCCAGGCUGAAGAAGUUUGAUUUCGACGACGAUGAGGAGAGCCUGAGUAACUACGAGGCGCAGUCGGAGGUGAAGCCUGACUCCCAGCUCCACCCGGGUGCCAACUGCUCUCCCGUCGACUCCAUCAUGUUCAUGGAAUCAGAGCGAGACGACGUCCACAGCUUCCUGCUGAAAAACAUGGUGAACAGCGGCAUUCUGGAGCUGAUGAUGCGAUACCUGAAGGCGGUGGGGCAGAAGUUCCUGGAGGAGUGGCCUCCGGGGCUGGCAGCCGUGGUGCUGGAGGUGUACUGCAGCUGGAGGAAGCACAGCAGCGGCCUGCCCAACCCCCUGCUCAGGGACUGCAACAACCAGCACAUCCGGGACAUGAUGGUGAUGAGUCUCUCCUGUAUGGAGCUGCAGCUGGAGCAGUGGUCACUCACCAAAGGCAAGACUGUGUCUCCACGGAAGUGCACCCUGGGACAGCCCGCAGAGCUGGGGGAGGCCGGGUUCCCCGGCCUGCACUUCCAGGGUGACCUGCUGCAGCUGGCCUUCGCCGCGUCGCAGAGGGACCUGUUCGAGGACGGCUGGCUGGCCUUCCUGGUGCGCGUCUACUGGCUGAAGGCCCGAUUCCAGGCCCUGCAGGGGGACAUGGAGCACGCUCUGGAGAGCUACGACGUGUGCACGGGGAUGCUCCGGAGCCAGGCGGGGCAGCAGGCCGGGGGCGAGGGAGGGGAGAAGUACACCAUCUACCUGCCCAACCUCCGAGUGGACGCGUCCAUCUCUGUGGACGAGAUUGAUAAGAAGCUGAAAUCUCUGGAGCGCUGCCAGUCCCUGGAGGAGAUCCAGCGCUUCUUUGAGUCCGGGGACUACGACUCCGUGGUGCGGCUGCUGCGGCCCACCCUCAGCUGCGGGGGCUCCGGGCGCCUCAAGGCCCUGGACUUCAUCAGCUCUGUGCCGGAGAGGCCGGCCCAACUCCUGCUGCUGCAGAGCUCCCUGCUGAAGCAGCAGGACCUGCAGCAGUGCCUGGAGUGUUCGGAGGUGGCCCUGAACGAAGCGCUUCAGCAGCUCACCAGCGUGUCGCCCUCCUCGCCCUCUGCCAAGGAGGAGUGGGUGGCCACCAUCACGCAGAUGCUGGGCGGCAUCGAGCUCUGCCUGUCCCAGAACCCCCAGCUGCUGAACACCGCCCCCCGGUCCGCCAGCCUGGCCCGCCUCACCAAUAACCUCAUCCAGCUGAUUGACUGCAGCAUGGCGGUCCCAGAGGACCCCAAAGAGCCCCACUUCUCAUCCGUCCUCCCCUGGAUCAUCCUCUACCGCAUCAUCAGGCACGAAGAGGCGGCUUUCGACUGCCUGCUCCGACAGCACCUGCCUCCGGAGGACGAGGACGACACGGACACGCCCAUGCUGCCCUCCUCCCUCAUGCUGCUCAACACGGCCCACGAGUACCUGGGCCGCCGCUUCUGGUGCUGCAACUCGGACGGAGCGCUGCUCAAGUUCUACGUGCGGGUCCUGCAGAAGGAGCUGGCAGCCUCCACCUCGAAGGACACCCAUCCAUACAAGGAGGAGCUGGAGACAGCCCUGGAGCAGUGCUUCUACUGCCUGUAUGCCUACCCCAGCAAGAAGAGCAAAGCCCGCUAUCUGGAGGAGCAUUCUGCUCAGCAGGUUGAGCUGCUGUGGGCCGACGCCCUCUUCAUGUUCCAGUACUUCAAGCCCAAGACGCUUCCGGAGUUUGACAGCUACAAGACGAGCACGGUGUCGGCCGACCUGUCCAACCUUCUGAAGAGGAUCUCAGGCAUUGUGCCCCGUACUGAUGAACCCACGCUGACCAUGGAAGAGGUGUCGGCCUACAUCGAGGGCGGGGGGCUCAAGGUGCCCUGUCUUCCUGAGGGAGCAGGUCCAGCGCCCCCUCUUGUCAAUGAGCUGUACUACCUCUUGGCAGAUUACCACUUCAAAAACAAGGAGCAGUCCAAGGCCAUCAAAUUCUACAUGCAUGAUAUCUGCGUCUGCCCCAACAGGUUCGACUCGUGGGCGGGCAUGGCCCUGGCGAGAGCCAGCCGCAUCCAGGACAAGCUCAACUCCAACGAGCUGAAGAGCGACGGCCCCAUCUGGAAGCACUCGCAGGCCGUGCUCAACUGCUUCAAGCGCGCCCUGGAGAUCGACAGCUCCAACCUGUCGCUGUGGAUCGAGUACGGCACCAUGUCCUACGCCCUGCACUCCUUCGCCUCCCGUCAGCUCAAGCAGUGGAGGAGCGAGCUGCCCCCCGAUGUGGUCAAACAGAUGGUGGAGCGGAAGCACGCUAUGCUGGAGACGUCUGCUCAGUGCUUCCAGGGGGCGUCCCGAUGUGAGGGGGACAGUGAUGAGGAGGAGUGGCUCAUCCACUACAUGCUGGGAAAGAUCGCAGAGAAGCACAAACACUCGCCACGGGAAUACCUCCUGCUCUACAAACAGGCAGCUCAUUAUCUGCAUGAGGAGGCGGCCCGAUACCCACGCAAAAUCCACUACCACAACCCCCCCGAGCUGGCCAUGGAGGCCCUGGAGCUGUACUUCCGUCUCAGCACCACCAUCCUGAAGCAGCUGGAGGCCGAGGAGGCCCAGGACUCCCACCUGGAGCAUGAGCUCUUCUUCACCAUCCUCUCAGAGGCCGCGCUCGGACCCUUUGCCAGGGGGGAAGAGAAGAACAUGCCCAAAUCCAGCGAGAAGGAGAAGGCCCCUUCGGUGAACGACGAGGACUCGCACUCUUCCUCCGCGGGCGCCACCCCAGGCCUCGGGACGUCACUCCCCUCCAGCGGGCCAGGUCUGACAUCCCCACCUUACACGGCCACUCCGGUCGACCACGAUUACGCCAAACGUAAAACCUUCCGGCAGCAGCAGCAGCAGCAGCAGCAGUGGCAGCGGCAGGAGGAGCAGCAGGCCGAUGCCCCCCCUGCCUCUGACCACGAUUACUCCCUGCCCUGCUCCCCAGUGUGGCUGUCGUCCAGGAACGAGCGCAGUCAGGACAGCGAGGUGGUGAUGCUGUCUGACUCAAACUCCACCCAGGACCCCUUCACCGACGCCGCCAGCUCUCAGGAUAGCAGCCACAAGGUGCAUUCUGGGAAGGGCGGCACCUCUUCUCCCGAGAACACCACUCCCACAAAGGAGGGGCAGCCACGAGGGGAGGAUGCUGCUCCAGGGGCCGGCGUGUCAGCAGACCCUCCCUGCCUGGGUCCUGUGGACCAGAAGAGUGCAGAGGACCUGCAGGAGGACAAGUGCAUCCAGGAAGUGCUGGACACCCUGUCCAUGACGCUGGCAGAAAUCCCCCCGCCCAAACCUCCGGCCGAACCCUGCCCCCCUCCCCCGGCCGUGCCCACCACUCCGCCCAAGGCCGGCCCGCCCCAACCGCCCGCCCUCCAGGUCACGCCCGGCGAGGGCAGGAAGAAGGCGGAGCCGCCCGCCGAGCUCCCGGACAUGCCCAAAUGCCUGCCCGCCGGCCGGCCGGAGCAGCGGCGCCUCCUGGUGGAGAUGUGCGUCCGAGCGCUCUUCCUCUGCCUCAGCAGAUUCCCACAGCACUACAAGAGCCUGUACCGCCUGGCCUUCCUCUACUCCAACAGCAAGACCCACCGGAACCUGCAGUGGGCCCGAGAUGUGUUGCUAGGAAGCAGUGUCCCAUGGCAACAGCUGAAGCACAUGCCAGCGCAAGGACUUUUCUGCGAGAGGAACAAGACUAAUCUGUUCAAUGGAAUCUGGCGUAUUCCAGUGGAUGAAAUUGAUCGCCCUGGCAGCUUCGCGUCUCAUAUGAACCGAUCCAUUGUGCUCUUGCUGGAGGUGCUGUCUCAGCUAAAGGACCACGACACUCUGCUCAAAGUCUCCUUCAUGCUCCAGAGAACCCCUGAUCAGGGAAAAAAGUAUUUGAGGGAUGUGGAUCGGCAGGUUUUGGCCAAGAGAGCUUUCUUCUUCACUGUAAAAGUACUGGAGGAUAACCUGAACAAACUUACAGGGGUGUCCGAGCAGCCUUCCCCAGCGCCCGUGCCCCCCAUGGGGGAGAUGACCACCACAGACGUGUCCCACAGGCCCUCCACCGAGGACGGCAAGCACCCGCCGCCCAGGAAGCCCGGGCUGACUGAGGGCGCCUGCCCGCCGGGCCCCGAGGCCGGGCCCCGGGAGGCCCCCCUGGGCCAGACCAUGCUGCAGGCCAUGGAGAUGCUGGAGCAGCAGCUGCAGGAGCAGCAGGGGGCCCAGAGGAACGAGGGCUCAGGCCCCGAGGGCCCCAGGCCGGGGAGCGAGGAGCCCAUGGAGCUGGACAGGGAGCUCUGGGGUGGAGCCGCCAGGACCACGGGCCCCCCUGCCACCCCCACGGCGGCCGAGGCCCCCAGAGCCGUGGCGGGGCCCGGGGAGAAGGGCCCCGAGUGCAGCCGGGCCCCUGAGCUCUCUCUGGAGGACCUGAGCAUCAGCUCCAAGCAGCAGCAGCUCCAGCUCCAGGCCCCCUCAGCCAAGGCCCCGCUCUCGGCCGGUGGGGUGGAGCCGCCCGCCGCCCGCAGGCCCAGCAGAAAGAGGAAGCUGCUGGAGGACGCCGAGUCCGGCAAGACCCUCCUGCUGGACGCCUACCGGGUGUGGCAGCAGGGCCAGAAGGUCAUGACCUACGACCUGAGCCGCAUCGAGAAGAUCAUGUCCGAGACCUACAUGCUCAUCAAGCAGGUUGAUGAAGAUGCCGCGCUGGACCAGGCGGUAAAAUUCUGCCAAAUUCAAAUGGCUACAUCAGCACAGAGACAGUCGAGCUGCGACACCCCCACCACGCCCAAACACACCAAGGAGCACCGCGACAUCUUCUUCCCAGCCGCUCUUCCCACCCCGGUCCCGCUCAGCAGCCCCGUCAGCCAGUCCCUGCCCUCCCAGGACAACGAGCCCAGGCCCAGCUCCGAGCCCGCCAGCAAGGCCCCGAGGCCACAGGCCACCGCUGCCCUGGACCAAUCACAGCCCAGGAGAACGCACAGCCAUCCAGCAGCCGCCAUGGCCUUCCUGUCCCAGACAGAGGAGCAGGAGGAGCCGCUGGAGGGGCUGGGGUACAGGCAGCAGGAGUCCCGGCUGUGUCAGCAGAUGAAGAUGGCCAGUGUGUCCCCUGGACAGGAUGCCUCGGGCUGGCUCAGUGAGGAGCCUGCCACCUGCAGCGCACCGCACCCUCCAGCCUCGUCUCUGAGCUCCUCUCCGGACCAGCAGUACCCCGCCGGGGACGCCAGCCGGAUCCGCUCCCGCAUCCCGCCCAACAUGCCAAAGCUCCUCAUCCCGUCCACCGUCACCAAGUUUCCCCCGGAGAUCACCGUCACACCCCCCACGCCCACGCUCCUCUCCCCCAAGGGCAGCAUCUCUGAGGAGACCAAGCAGAAACUCAAGAACGUCAUCCUGGCCUCGCAGUCGGCCGCUAACGUGAAGAAGGAGACGCUGUGCCAGCCAGCCCUGGAGGUGCAGGAGACCUCCAGCCAGGAGUCGUCUCUGGAGAGUGACACGGACGAGGAGGACGACUACAUGGACAUCUAAACCGUGUCACUCCUGACCGUGUCCACCCUGACCGCUUCUCCCCCUGACCGCUUUCCCCCUGACUACUUUCCCCCUGACCGGGUUCCCCCUGACCUCUUCUCUCCUGACCGCUUUCCCCUGACCACUUCUCUCCUGACCGUUUUCCCCUGACCACUUCCCCCCUGACCGCAUUCCCCCUGACCGCGUCCCCGCCCCGUCCCUCUCUCUGCUUGCUUGGAGACUGUACCCAGACGGAAUCCACUCCACGCUGAUACACCUGCCUCUGGUGACCUCUGUUUUAUUUUAUUUUAUUUUAACCCCCCCAUCUGGAGGACAGUAUUUGUAACUGCUGCGGGUUUGACUCCUGUGUUGUCCACCUCUGACUUGUGUUUGUAUGUGCUGUCUACACGUGUUCAGGCGAAGGGCUUUCCUCUUUCCGCAGUGUUCAGCCCGGCGGUUUCUGCGCUGCACUGCUAAGUAGCGUUGGCACGGCGAUAGCUCUGCUCUAGAACAAUCCAGCAAAGUGCCAUUUUCUUCCAUCACACUGACCAGCUGCACAUGUUUCUACACCCAGUACAUGGCAAUCUUGUCAAACAAGAUUGCCCGCAGCAAAAUAGUGAUUUGAAGUCAUUCACAUAUUCAGUUAAAAAUGGUGGAUCAUUGCCUACCCUUGUGCUAUGCAGAUAAUUUCUCCAACUGCAAUGCAAUUUUCCAGUCUUUUGUUUAUAAGAGUGAUGUGGUCUAUACAUAUUUUACAUGUAGUGAAACUAGAAUCGUUAUGUUUACUACGUUUUUGCAGCCUUCAGCUGCUGCCAAACUUUACAAGCAGUUUUCAAAUCCCAUCUGAGGUGCUGAAAUCACGUGCCAAGAUGACAUCACUCCUGCAAGCUGUUUCUUCUUUUGUUUGUGAAUGAUUUUUCGGAGACCCCUGUUUGAGUUUGACCUGCUGGGACACCAACAGUAACUGACAGACUGGAGGGUGGAGGCAUGACUUCAGCAGUGCAGGUUUCAGGACUGCGCUACAUGCAAGAGACAUCCCGCUAAGUGCAGCGUCUCCAGGAGACGGGUUUACAUACGGUUUACAUUGUCAGUGCGGUACACUUUGGUAUUUUUACGAGCUGGUAAUUACCACCGUUUGUAUCAAAGUUACUUUUGCCGAAACAAACUUGCUUCAAGUCCUUGUUAUAUUGUGUCUUUAAUGUGUUUACAUUAUUGUUCAUGUGUGUAUUUGUUUUUGUUUUUUUCCUCCAAAGGGAUGAUGGUCACAAGUAAAAUUCUUUGUCACAUGGAGGGAUUGAACAUUCUGCAACUAGCAAGGUGGCAGAAUCUGGUGUUGGGGGGUCAGAGGGGCUCGGGGAGAGAUUUCAUUUGAAAACUUAAGGAUACGUUCAGUUGGCUUCUGUACAUAUCAUACUUAUUGAAAGUGUCAUUUCUUUGAAGAUAUACGAGUGAUUCACUUGCCAGCGGUGGCAAGAUGGACGCAUGGAUGCUCUUGGUUUUUGUCGGAGCAAUUAUUUUUUUCAAUGGAUCAAUUUUGGAGUGUACAUUUAAACAAUAUAUUUAAAAUGUCUAACUACAGAAAAAUAAAUUGAAGACAAAGAAUGUUUUUAUACAGAUUGUUUUCUAUAUGAAGAUGGAUAUUUGCAGUAUUUUUCUGGGAAUACUGUUAAAGCAGCAUUUUUAAACAAAAAGAAAAUUCCUUGUAAAUAAUUAUGAGGGAAACAGUCAAGUCUCGCUGAACUACCUGUAAAUGUAUGUUUGUAUUUUUCUGGUGUAAAUUGAUGCUGUUUUGUAUUCUGCUGCGCUUCACAUGGGAAUGUAUCAUGGCAGAAAAUGGAUCCCUUCUGGUCGGGAAUAGAUUUGAGUUUUACUGUACUCAGACACCAGGGGGAGAUGUUGUACUCUGAAUACUGACUUGCUGCAUUAAAGAUGUUAAAAACCAAAAAUACACUUGAUACCACA